CGGGAAUUGAUUUAGCGCGAAUGGACUCUUCGCUAUUGUUCUUCUCGGCAAAUCGUCGGCCGUCUUUGUAUCAGUUUCUCAAGGAUUUCUUUAACUCCCUCCGGUUCCUAAAUCUCGGCACUUACCGUUUCACUAUCCAAUUUGAACAUUUCUUUGUGUAAUGUUAGGUUUUUCUUUGAUUCUGUAAUUGUUCCGCUAAUCUCUUCGAUGUGUCCCGAAAACGAUGAAUGAGACGAUAGCGGCAGCGCAUUGGAAACUCUGAUUUCAAGGAUUUCGGAGAUGGAGCAGAAGAAUCCACAUGGAAAAGGUGCGGAUGCAGUUUUAAAUCUUCAGCCAAACUCCUCGAUCUCUAUUGCAUAUCACUCACUCUUUGGUCCACAUGAUGAUUUGGUACUUCUGGAGGUCGAUGAAAAGCUUCUGGAAGAAGUCCUGCACCAACGAGUAAGCAUCAGAGGACAGCCAGAAGAAGAUGCAGUCUUUUGCACAAAGUCGAAAACUUAUGGAAUCAAAUACGUGGGAACUUCCAAUUCUGUACUUCUUAUACCGCCAUCCGGUCGAUCAGAAUACUAUACUAAUGAGCUAGACAGCCAUCAGAAGGACAACAGUAAAGAAGUUGCCCCUGUGAUUAAAGUUGCUCCAGGUAUCAUGGAACUUCAUGAGAUUGCUCCAAGGAUUGAUAAGCUUAAAUUGCUUCUCUCAGAGGAACAUUACAGCUUUGCCGAUGAGUGGGAAAACGAAGCAGUGGACAAAUAUGAAAAGCGAAUGUAUAAUUGGGAUGAUCUCAUAAACAAGGUUCAGGCUAGUGACAAUGAACUGAAAGCUGGAUUACAAGCGCUUUCUGCAGUUGAGAUUGAUGGGUACUGGAGAAUUGUGGAUGAGAAAUACAUGGACUCCAUGCUACAGAUGCUUUUGCAUAACAGGAUUUUAAAUGACUGGUCUCUAGAUGCGCUUGAUGAAGGUGUAAUCAUGAACGUGAUGAAAAUGGAUGGUUUUCCUGAAAAACUUGUACAGCAUUGUCUCCAUGUUUAUGGUGAUAAAUUGGAUGAACAUGAGGGGAAAAGUUGUUUAUGGAGAUUAAACGAGAAGCGGGUCUGUGUGCAUUUUGCAAGAGAAGUCUUGAGGAAAGGAAAGAUGAAGCUAGAGCAUCUCAUGGAUGAAUGGAGGCAGAAAAUCCCACUAGGAAUGUGUGCCAACUUUGACAUGUUGGAAGGUGAAGUUUUGACUGAGAGGCUUGGUGUUGAGACAUGGGUUCGUGGUUUCCGAGUUUGUCAAUUGCCAUCAAAUCCUGCCGAGCGAUUCACCAUUUUGUUUAAAGAGCGACCAAAAUGGGAGUGGAAAGAUUUGCAGCCCUACAUCAGGGAUCUUACAGUUCCAGGCCUUUCAUCAGAAGGUUUGCUUCUCAAAUACACCCGAAGAACUCAACCGAACCCCGAAGCAGAAGCUGUGUUCAGUGCAAGAUAGAUUGAUAAUUCGUUGUACCAUAAUAACCAAACUUGCUCUGAAUGACAGGUCUGUAAAUUGCUCAACGUUCCACCUGGGUUAGACUUAAUCAUAUUCAUCCAGUUCUAGUGAAGAAAUCCGGUUGAUGGUGUGAUGACGAUGAGGUUGAUCAAAUAACCUUAACUUCUGAGUUCUUGGAUGACUCCAUUACUCUCAGAAAAGAGAUCCAAGUAUUCCACAUUCUUGGAAGUUCGUAUUUAUCAUGACUUUACUCGAACAAGUUCAGUUCUUUAGAACAUACAACCGUGUCAUUGAGUUGUAAGAAGUCCCUAUUUCUUGGUUUCAGGUGGUGCAAGUUUUUUCAUUACAAUUCAGAUGAACAUAAUAGAGGAUUGAACGCCUAAAGUUUCGUCUUUAUGCCAUCAACUAGCUUUUGAUUUCUAUAUUAGCCUGUAAAUAGAGACAUUGAUUUCUUAUGGUCUUUUGAGACAAAGGGAACUUUUUCUCCCCCAGCUAAUCAACAAAUUUCUAUUGAGGAUUUGUAAGUGUAGAAUAAACUACUACACUGAUGGUUUAAA